GGCGUUUAGCGCACUGCUUCCGUGACCGACCUUUCCGGGGGUGGGGCGCCGCUUGUAUUUUGGCGCGAGCCCCUAUGUUCGUAAGCUGCCUGUGUCUGUCGGCGGUGCUGAGUGAAAAUUAACACAAACAACACUUUAAAGACACAUGUAUUGCAAUUAUAUAUUGAUAGCUAUGAGGGCAAAGCAAACCACGCAUCCUUAAGGUCUGUGUGGUUAUCUGGAAGAUAAAUGGGUGGAGCUAUUCGGUACACUUUUCAGCUGGUUGAUACGGUUCCCUUGCAAUGGAUAUAGACCCACUUUCCGUCGGUCCAGGAGCCCUUGGAACAAACCAGUGACUACUGCGACCAGCUUUUCUCCUGUCUGCUGGGUUUAACUGGAGCAAAGAGGAGGCUGCUUUUGUCCCAUCCUUUAUGUAAUCAUAAGCCCUCAGCCAGUUUGACGAUCUCUGCUGCUAUUCUCCGCCUGUCUUUGGUCCACCCCUUUAUUAUUGUUUCUUUGUUAUUAGACUCAACAGCUUUUUUUUAAGUCGUGUUUUAUUAUUUUAUUUUUGGUCCCCUGUGCCAUUAAUCAGCACUUGGCUUUACAUCUUUCUGCAGACUGGUCAGUGCUGCUUCCUCUGGCCAUGUCAGACCCCAAACUCACCACCACUCCUCUCCCCCUCCCAGAACAUUUCUCCCAGGCCCAGCAAUCCUUCUCUCUAAAAAAAAGAAGGCUUCCAUUCUCUUCAUCCUCCCCUUCCUCCUUGUCCCUUACUCCUCCUCCUUUGCUCGCACAUUCGCUGCCCCCUCGCCCCCCCCCAAAAUGGGUCCCAUCUGUCAGUCGGGUAUUUCCCCAGCGACCCCCGUCUCCCUGGACACCACUAUCCCAUUCCCUCUCCCAAACCCCACCUUCUCCAUCACUGUAUGACCCAAGCCGACCCCAGUCCUACUUCAACCAGUGCUUCACUAACCUGGGCUUGCUGGGCAGGGGCUCCUUUGGGGAGGUGUACAAGGUGCUUAGUCUGCAGGAUGGACAGCUAUAUGCUGUGAAGCGCACUGUCCAGCGCUUUAGAGGCAGUGAGGACAGGCAGAGAAGUCUGCGUGAGGCCAGGAACCAUGAGAUCCUGGGCUCCCACCCUUACAUCCUCGGCUUUCGGGCUGCCUGGGAGGAGAGGGCCCGUCUUUAUAUCCAGACUGAGCUCUGUUGUGCCAGCCUUCUAAUGCAUGCAGAAGCCACCAGCCUAGGCGAGGCUGAGGCGUGGGGGUUUCUCUGCGAUCUGCUGUCAGCUCUGCAGCACCUCCACUCACAGGGCUUUGCCCAUCUGGACCUCAAGCCCGCCAACGUCUUUCUGACUCGCUCGGGUCGGCUCAAACUGGGCGACUUUGGGCUCAUGCUCAGACUCAGCUGUGGAGAUUCUGGGAGGGAGAAGAGUGAGUUGGAAGAAGGGCAGGAAGGGGACCCAAGAUACAUGGCCCCAGAGCUUCUGAGGGGGCAAUACAGUCUGGCUGCUGACGUCUUCAGUCUAGGUGUGUCCAUCUUGGAGUUGGCCUGUAAUAUCGAGGUGCCUAAAGGAGGAGAUGGCUGGCAGGAGCUCAGACAGGGAAACCUACCUACUGAGUUUACAAAUGUCCUAUCCAGUGAGCUGCAGUCAGUUCUGAAGAUGAUGUUGGCCCCAGAGCCCUCGGCGAGGGCCACAGUCCUGCAGCUCCUGACCCUCCCAGCAGUGAGAAGACAGAGGCUGAAACGGCAAGUUUCACUCUUCCUGCUGGAAUCUCUGCUCUUCUUCUUCUCUUUCUGUCAGUCGGUGGUGUCGUUUGGAUGGAGGCUCCUGUCCUCUUUCCGGUUCCCGUUCCUCCGUGUACCUACUCCCUCAGUACCAUGCACACCUCCUCGAGACAGCUGGGAGCGGGAUGGAGACUACAGCACACAAGCACUGAGCGUCUUGCACACAGACACGUGCAGCCUGGAGGAAGAGCUUGUUUUUCUGCCUGAUGCAGUAAGGCUUGAUGACUCUCCCAGCUUCUCUCAGAGAGUUCAAUCACGGCUGUCGCUAGGAAGCACCUCCACUCCACUCCCAAAAGUUUCUUCGGACUCUUAUCAUGGGGCUACACGGACUCCCAGACACAGCCCUGUCCGCAGCUGGAACAUCACAACCACACCCAACAGCUCAAGCUCUUUAAAUAUGACAAGGACACUCAUGCACAGCUUGUCACCGUCUGAUGGGCCCAGUCCUAACGGCACGCAUGACGAUCCUCCUUUAGUCAAUCACAGCCCCAUCCCCAAAUGGAUCAGACCUGAUUCCUGCCCAAGGACGGCCUUCGAACCCAAGAACCUGCUCAGUAUGUUUGAUGAAACAUCACUGGAGGGGCAAACCUGAAGUAGCAGGUCACUGCUGCACAUCUGCCCUCAUUAAAAAAACAAUGGAAAGUGAACUGGCUGAUAUUGGAUUUUACAAAUGUAUGAAACUCUUAUUUGAUCAUUUUUUCCAUUAAUUGUUUUAACAAGUUCAUUAUUAUUUUUGAAACCUCUUCAGAUGAGUGUGUUUUGAUCUUGAUUUAAAAUAAGGUUUACAAAGUAAACAUGGAAAGAUAUUAAGCCCGGGCAUAAGGGGCAAUACUUAAUUGUCAGAUUUUUCCCAGUUUGACAGCAUUGUGGUUGGCUACGUUUUGUAAAAAUGCUUGAACUGCUAAGGAGAAAUGCAGAAAGGGAAAAUUAUUAGCUGUAAAUUGCUUUUUCUAUCCAUGCAGUGUAUGUCAUUACAGAGAAGUAAAUCAAUUUAAGAAUUGGAAAAGUUUACACACAUUUUAUUUAAGGUUCUUGGAUACUUUUAAUGAAGUCUGGAAAGUCAAAGUUGACCUUUGCUAGUGGAAAGUAUGCAAUCUAAGUAAGUUUUCCUUUUGAAAUGGUCCCGAAAAAGUUCUGCAUUCACCUAACAGUAGUCUAUGGUGAAGCUGCAUUUUUUUUCAUAAUAAUUGGUACUUUCUCAUAACUCUGCAUCUGAGCAUGAGUGCAAGAGGACUUAGUGGCGUAAGCCAAUGGCCUUAUUUUGUUUAAAUUGUUUUCCUGGAUGUUCGCAGGCAGCAAUUGAGACUGGGAAAAACUGGGGAAAGAAUUUGGCACGUUUGUCGCUGUUUGCCCUCCACGGCGGUGGGUGGCACUACAGCGCUAGACUGCGUAUCUAAGGUGCAAAAUUACUCCGCGAAUAAGUAAAGCUUAGGCGUUUUGCAGCAAGUCGUUGUUCAUAAUAGUCUUUGGUGGUUCUUGCCGUGGUUUUUGUGUUUCUCCUAAGAUAAAAUAUAUAAUGACGAAUACUAUCUUAUGCACAUUGAUUUACUAGUCUAAAUGUGAUUAAUUUCUGUUUACAAUACUGCUGCCAGGAUUCCCCAGCGUUUAUUUUCUUUCGCCACAUAAUUAUCCGGAUUUUCUAGUUGUUACUGAAACUCAAAAAAAAUAUAUAUAUAUAUAUAUCACUUCCACCUGAAGACGGCGAGUUUUAAGGAAACUGUAGGAAAAGGAGUUGGAGUUUUGCAGGAUGUCUAAAAUAGAGCGCCUGAACGCCCGUGUGGCGAAGCUCCUGACGGUGGCCGUGCAUGAGGUGCUGGAGGUGGUGAAAGAGACCGUGUCGGAGUACCAGGAGAAGACCGCUCGGACGCAGAGAGAGAACGAGAGCCUCAAGCGGAGGCUGCAGGAGCUCCAGGAUAAGCUCAAGAGAGUCAGUGUGGCUGAACAAGUGACUAUGUCACCUGUGUCUGGAGGAGGGACUCUUGGUGGGCUGGAGUCAAACGCCACUCUGAGGCAGGAUGUGGACCCCCUGCAGCUGGAAAAGCUAGAGCUCAUUGAACAUCACCCCAGGAGCCUGAUCUAUGGGAAGAUCAGUGGUCCAGAACACGAGAGUGCUCAAUCAAUAACAGAAUCUGUCACAGUUCCCCAAAUUGUUGAAGAUGCUCUGUUGACAUCUGAUCUUCAGUAUGUGAAGAGCGAUGAUGAUCAUGAUGACACUGAGCAUUGUGACACUGAGCAUGUGUCAUUUGUGACUCCUCCAGACACUUCAACCAUACAACAAAACUUUGUUUCCAAUACAACUAAAUCAGAGCCGCCAGCUGAUUGUGCUACAGUUCUUCAAACAGUCAUCCAGCCAACAAACUCAUUUUAUGAUGCUACAGACUCAGAAAGCAUCAUAGCGCAAGAGGAAGACCCUCAGCAAGUUAGUUUGAGUUCUUAUGGACUAGUGUGUAUUCACACAAAUCUUGGUACUUUAAACAAAAGCAGUUUUGGUAUAGAUAUUGAAAAGCACAGACCGUAUUACAAGCAUGAGGAAAAGUAUCAUUGCAUUUUGUGUGGGAAGGCCUUCAGUAAAGUGGGAAGUCUUAGAAUACAUCAGCGAUGUCACACAGGGGAGAAACCUUAUUGCUGCAUACAGUGUGGAAGGCGUUUCAGUCAUGCAGGCGACUUUAAGAAGCACAAGCGAGUGCAUACUGGAGAGAAACCAUACCGCUGCACGCUGUGUGGGAAGGGCUUCAGUCAGUCAGGGUACCUGAAAAUACAUCAGAGGUACCACACAGGGGAGAGACCAUACUGCUGCAGUCAGUGCGGGAAAAGCUUCAGCCAGUCAAGUCACCUUAAAAAACAUCAAAAAAUUCACUUUAGUCAGUUAUCUUAGGGUUUGGUUUAGUUGUAGAAGAAGCCAUACUGUAAUUAGGGAUGGACCGAUCCAUAUUUUUUCAGUUCCGAUCCAAUUCCGAUACACAACUGCUGAUACUGAUACAAAUUCCAAUACAAGAGCUUAUUUUACAUUUAUAUUUUAAUGUAAUGUGUGUAUAUAUAUAUAAACCUAUAAAUAUGUAUGCUUUAUUUUUGAAAAUUUGUAAAUUCAAACGAAAAAAAUGUAUGCCAAAAAAUCUUUCAUUAGGCUAAUAGAGAUAUACAUAAUGUACUUUUCCACCUCGUUUGUGCAUCUUGCUUUAAGCAUUUUUGAGGCAUUUGCAGUUCAGUUUGAAUAUCUUCCAAGAGUGUAUACGCAAGUGCCGAAUGCUUAAGCCUUAUGUUCAAUUGUCGGUCCUGGGGACCCAAUUGAGGUUUUAAAACAUGGGCAUUUUUUGGCCACAUUUUCAGCUUCAGUUUACAUUCUAUGACAAUUUGUAUUUUGGGGUAAAGUCAAGUAUGAACACAUGUCAUGAUGAACACAAAUUUUUUUUUAAUGCCCUGCAUGCGUAAAACAGUCUAAGCUAGUGACUCCCAAGUCAUCCAUUGCUUUUUUCAUAUUACUUGCGCCUCGUUUAGUGGGAUUUUCCACUAAACACUACUUUCAUCUCUCAAUCCUUUGGUUUUACAUAGCUUGCAAAUCGCUGUGCUACUAGUUGUUAAAAGCAUAAAAUACUUCUGGAUCGUCACUUUUUGAUCUGAUGUUCUUAUGCUUCUCGUACUGCGAAGGAUAUACGCAUGACGUCACAGCAGGCGGAAGUCACCACGCUCACACCCACUGAGUACACAGUUGCCAGGUCCAUGGUUUUCCCGCCCAAUUAAGCUAUUUUGAAAAUACAGUUGCGGGUAAAUAUUUGGAGGUCACAGGUUGUGGGCUUUGGGUCUGUUUUCAUAAUGUUCCACGGCAGCGGACUGUAAGGGAAAAAAGAAAUUAAUUAUGAAUGCAAAGGGCUCCUAAUCCCGAGUAAUACUGAAUCGCUAGACGCCAAAAGUCAGAGACGCACAUGGAAUCAAGGUUGCCAACUGUCAUGCAUCUGGCGUGACACCCAGGCUUUCAAAAAACAUCUAAAAUGAGAAGGGGCUGUUGAGCGACUGAUUGUGCAAAUCGAUUUAACAAGAAAUAGGAGCUAUCUUUCUACAGACUGCAGAAAACUAAAUAAGUGGGAUUGUGACUUCUGUUUCAUCCCCCAUGGUGAUGGUUUUCUGUUUUGUGGAGCUGGUGCCGUAUGAUCCUGAAUAUGAGACUGAGACUUCUACAUUUGCAACUAUAAGUAUACCAGACACUUUGCCGUUCAAGCCCCAAGCAUGUUCCCAAGUGGUUGUCUCAGUGUCACUUUUCAUCCAAGACAUAUUAAACCUGUGCUUCUGUGGCUGACUACUUCUGUUGAUGUAAGUUUCUUUCUUCUCCACGCUUUGUUUGUAAACCACCUCAGGGGCUUUCUUGAAGUACAAAGAUUUGAUCUGAAACUGAGGACUGAUGAUGUCUCCAAUGGUUGGGAAGAAUUCACAAGACACAUCCGGCCCAUCCUUGGCAGCUUCGAUGAUUUGUUUAUCAUUGAGGUUCAGGUAUUUGCCACUGACUUUGAGAGCCACUCCCUCUUCUGCCCCAAUGAAGGCAUAAAGUGGACCGAAACCAGCAACAAUUGCCUGGAAGAAAAAUAAAGUAAUCUAUAAAGGACCUAAUAUAUAGGUGCUUAAACUAGUAACAGCUGGUGAUCAGGAGAUAAAAUUGCAAAUCGUGUUUAUUUGAUAUUCUGUAAAAUAAAUUGGAAGACAAUGGGAAGGUUAUUAGCUGACAACAGCUUGCACCAUACACUAUAUGAAAACGUAUGAAAAUAUGAAAUGGGGUGUGUAACUAGCAGAAUGUACCACAUAGAAUUUAAUAAAGUAAUGGGCCUCAUUUGCCAACCUUU